AUGCUCACUCUGCCUGUGCUGUGGGCGUUCUCCACCCUGAUCCUCCUCGUCUCCUCGUCACCAGUAAUAUCUGCAUACGGUGCGAGCCAAGUCUUUCUUUCGCAUGGUCAUCGGGAGUACGAAAACGGAGAGUUGCCUCCUGUGGGCAACACUGAGGGGUGGAUAGACCCCAGGAUUAACGGAGGGCGAUUUCUCGACUUCACGACGGACGUCCUUGGUGAACCACUGAACAUCGUGAUCUCAGGGCUCUCCGAUCCCUUCAUACUCACCGAAGUGGGGCUACACAGCUACGCCAAGUCGAUCGGGUUCUCGGAAGAGUGCCUCGGGCUGCACUACGGGCAGAUCCACGAGGCGGACCUGGGCGACGGCGGCGGGCGCAAGGCGCAGCACUUCCUCGCGCGCCAGGACUACUUCCCCUUCAUUGGCACGUGUUGGGAGAGCGUGCGCGGCGGACAGCACUUCCGCGCGUGGCACCAGAAUGACACCGCCGCGAACAGUGGAGCGUGGUUCAUCGGGGCGUCGCUGGAGAAGGACUCGUCGAGAAACCACAAGAUCGUGCCAGACGGGUAUAACCUCGGGCGGGACUUCAUCGUCGAGCAGGCGACCGCGGGUACCCGAUGGAAGGGUAUGUGGUGGAAAGCGGAGGUGGAGUGGCGUACAGGGCUCCUCGAGAAGGGGAAGCGAGGCGUCAACCACGGAAUUGAACAAGACGGUCGCGUUGCGAUCCUCACCGUCGUCAGACUUUGA